GGUCGCGCUGCUGAGACAAGCACAGCAUCGAGGACCGGCGGCGCGCGCUCACACACACUCCCAAACAAAGAGAAGCACGCGAGGCAGCAGAGCAUCCCACCCUUUCAGCCGCGAGCUCAGUAGCAGAACCGCCCCCCCUACCCCUCUCAGCAGAACCGGCCCGGACCGAAGACACCAUGACGACCAACGGCGCGACUAACGGAACCAGCGACAUGCUGCAGAUCCAGUUCGGUCUCAUCAACUGCGGGAACAAAUACCUCACGGCGGAGACCUUCGGCUUCAAGAUCAACGCCUCCGCCACGAGCAUGAAGAAGAAGCAGAUCUGGACUCUGGAGCAGAGCGGGGACGAGUCCAGCGGGAACGUGUUCCUGCUCAAGUCACAUCUGGGCCGGUACAUCGCCGCCGACAAGGACGGGAACGUCACCGGAGACAGCGAGACCCCGGGGCCGGAGUGCCGGUUCAUCAUCACCGCGCAUGAUGACGGCCGCUGGUCUCUGCAGUCCGAACCGCACGGCCGCUACCUGGGCGGCACCGAGGACCGGAUCAUCUGCUUCGCUCAGACCGCCUCUGUGGCGGAGAAGUGGAGCGUGCACAUCGCCAUGCACCCGCAGGUGAACAUCUUCAGCCUGACGCGUAAGAGGUACGCGCACCUGAGCUCCAAGGUGGACGAGAUUGCCAUCGACCGGGACGUCCCGUGGGGUGUGGACUCCAUGAUCACGCUGGUGUUCCGCGAGCAGCGCUACCACCUGCAGACGUCCGACAACCGCUUCUUGAGGAACGACGGCGCGCUGGUCGCCACCACGGACAAGAGCACGGGCUACACGCUGGAGUUCCGCUCCGGUAAGGUGGCCUUCAGGGACUGCAGCGGCCGGUACCUGGCGCCCUCCGGGCCCUCCGGUACCAUGAAGUCCGGCAAGAGCGCGCGCGUGGGCAAAGACGAGCUGUUCGUGCUGGAGCAGAGCCACCCGCAGGUCGUGCUCACCGCGGCCAACGAGAGGAACGUCUCCACCCGGCAAGGCAUGGACCUGUCAGCCAAUCAGGACGAGGAAGGCGACCAGGAGGUGUUCCAGGUGGAGAUUUGCCGCGAAAACAGGAAGUGCGCGUUUCGGACGGCUGCUGGGAAAUACUGGACCCUCACUGCUAACGGCGGCCUGCAGUGCACCGCCUCCACCAAGUCAGCUAAUUGCUACUUUGACAUCGAGUGGCGUGGGAAGAGGCUGACUCUCCGGGCUGCUAACGGGAAAUAUGUUGCCGCCAAGAAAAACGGCCAGCUAGCAGCCACCAUCGACUCUGCAGGUGAGUCUGAGGAGUUCAUCAUGAAACUGAUCAACCGUCCGAUCAUCGUGCUACGUGGGGAACACGGCUUCAUCGGCUGCAGGAAGGUGACGGGGACGCUGGACUCCAACCGCUCCUCCUACGACUACUUCACUCUGGAGUUCAGAGAUGGAGCGUACAGCCUGCAAGACUCUACUGGUAAAUACUGGAUGGUGGGCAACGAGCAGUCGGUGGUGAGCAGCAGCGACACGCCCGUCGACUUCCUCUUCGAGUUCUGCGACUACAACAAGCUAGCCGUCCGCCACGCCGCCGACAACAAAUACCUCCGCGGCGACCACGCCGGCGUGCUGAAGGCCAACGCCGACGACCUGGAGACCGCCACGCUCUGGGAGUACUGAGGGGGGAAUGCGGCGACGCCAGCGGGGGAUGCGGCCGCCCACUGCUGCGAUGCUGGAGAAUGAAAUGAAGUGCGGCGAUGCAGCACGACAGCACUACCCAUCCAUACAUCUACCUGUCCACAACCCCACCCCCCAUCCCCUCCC